AUGUCGGAACAUAAACUAUUGAGGGAGUUUUCUGGAAUCGACAAAAUAUAUGUCCUUAAAAGAGAUGGCCGAACGGAGGGUGUUCACUGUGAGAAAAUCAGCAAACGUAUCCGCGCCCUAUGUUACGGUCUGGAUGAAUCGUGCAUCGAUAUCGGGGCGAGAUGGCCCAAGUGGUUAGAGCGCGAAUUUACUGACCGGAAGGUCCGUGGUUCGAAUCCGACCUCCGCCACUCGACUUCCCCUGUCUAGGCUUGGGCAACCCGGCAGUAUCCCAGCCCUCGUGCUUCCUUCGGGUGGCAUGGCAGCUAGGCAUCGGGAGGGUGCUACAGCUGAACGCUUUCUUUCUUUUCAUCAGAGCGCGAAUUUACUGAUCAGAAGAAUCGUGGUUCGAACCCGACCCCUGCAUCGCGACUUCCCCUGUCUAGGUUUCGGUAACCUAGCAGUAUCCCAGCCCUCGCGCUUCCUUCUGGUAACAUGGCAGCUAGGCACCGAAAGAGUGCUACAGCUGAAUGCUUUCCUUUCCUUUCUGCAGCCCGCAAUCACCCGUCGAGUAGUCACUGGAUUGUAUCCUGGGGUGACGACAUCCGAACUGGACAACUUGGCCGCUGAAGUAUGCGCCUGUAUGACAACACGACACCAUGCCUACGGGACCCCGGCCGCUCGCCUGGCUGUUUCUAAUUUGCAUAAAAACACGAAAGCGUCUUUUUCGGAAGUCAUGGAGGACCUGUAUGGCUACGUUAAUGAGCGCACCAAGCUUCACUCACCCAUAGUGAGUGAAGAAGUUAUCAAGAUCAUACGGGAGAACGCUGAUCGACUGAAUUCGGCAAUAGACUACCAACGUGAUUUUAACUACAAUUAUUUCGGUUUUAAGACCUUAGAGCGCUCUUACCUCUUCAAACUGCACGGCAAGGUUCACGAACGUCCGCAACAUAUGCUCAUGAGGGCUUCCGUAGGAAUACAUAAGCGUGACAUCGAUGCCGCCAUUGAGACGUACAAUCUAAUGUCGGAGAAGUGGUUUACCCAUGCUUCACCGACCCUGUUUAAUAGUGGUACUACUAGACCGCAAAUGUCCAGCUGUUUCCUGAUCACAAUGAAAGACGACAGUAUCGAAGGUAUUUAUGACACACUCAAAGAAUGUGCUAUCAUCUCCAAGAAUGCUGGAGUUCCAAUGUUGCGUGUGUUUAAUAACACUGCUCGCUACAUCGACCAGGGUGGAAAUAAACGCCCCGGUGCUUUCGCCGUCUACCUGGAACCGUGGCAUCCGGACGUCCUCCAGUUCAUUGAAAUGCGAAAAAAUACUGGCGCCGAAGAAAUUCGUGGUCGGGAUUUGUUCUAUGCCCUCUGGAUACCGGAUAUCUUCAUGCGACGAGUGGAGGCCAAUGAGGAGUGGACACUCAUGGAUCCACACGAAUGUCCAGGUUUACCUGAUAAGUGGGGUGAGGAAUUUGAGGCCUUGUAUCUGAAAUACGAAGCGGAAGGCCGUGGACGACGCACAUUGCCUGCCCAAGAAGUCUGGCACUCAAUCAUUGAGGCUCAGAUCGAAACCGGAACUCCGUUCAUGCUGUACAAAGACGCUUGCAACAGGAAGUCCAAUCACCAGCAUCUGGGAACCAUUCGGUGUAGUAACCUGUGUACUGAGAUUGUUGAGUAUAGCUCGCCGGAUGAAACUGCAGUUUGCAAUCUCGCUUCUAUCUCCCUUGGACACUUUGUUGAUGCUAAAGAACGUACGUUCGACUUUGAUAGACUGCAGUAUGUGACUCGAGUCAUAACAAGGAACCUGAACCGUGUCAUCGAUAAUUCAUUCUAUCCGGUUGAAGAGGCUCGUCGAUCAAACAUGCGCCAUCGCCCUAUUGGUAUUGGCGUUCAGGGUCUGGCUGAUGCAUUCUUGUUGCUACGUUAUCCGUUUGAUAGCCCGGAGGCUGCAGCGCUCAACAAGCGAAUCUUUGAAACAAUCUACUUUGCCGCUCUUGACGCCUCUUGCGAUCUCGCUAAAGAAGAGGGUCCCUUCGAAACCUAUGAAGGAUGCCCUGUCAGUAAAGGCAUUCUUCAGCCGGACAUGUGGGGUGUAGACACGGAAGAAUUAAGCAAGAUCUCCGGUCUCGACUGGGCAGGUUUACGACAAAGGAUUAAAAAGUACGGUGUCCGAAACAGUCUCCUUCUGGCGCCAAUGCCAACUGCAUCGACAGCACAAAUCCUGGGAAACAACGAGUCUAUUGAACCGUUCACUAGCAACGUCUACUCUCGCCGCGUGCUCAGUGGUGAAUUCCAAAUCGUCAAUCCCUAUCUGAUGGAUGACCUCAACAAAUUGGGAUUAUGGUCCGAAGAACUCAAGUCCGCCAUUGUGGCAAACCAAGGUUCUGUUCAGGAUAUUCAAGGCAUUCCUGAUGAAAUAAAGGCUCUCUACAAAACCAUCUGGGAACUUUCUCAGCGCAAGAUAAUUGACAUGGCGGCCGACCGAGGGCCUUUUAUCGACCAAAGUCAAUCACUCAACUUACAUGUUGCUCAGCCCAACUACGGGAAAAUUACCAGCAUGCACUUUUACGCGUGGAAGAAGGGACUGAAAACCGGCAUGUACUAUUUGCGUACUCGCCCAGCUGCGGACCCCAUAAAAUUCACCAUUGAUAAGACUCGUGUACGUGCUUUGAUGGAACGAGGAGUGACAGUAAAUGUAGGCAACGAGACAACUGGGAAAGGUGACGUCAUUGACGAGCAACAGGAAGCGGAAGAGGAGGAGCGCAUAAUGAAGGAAAUUCAACGUCGGAACAUGGAGGCCAUCACCUGCAGCCUGAAGAAUCCAGAAGGAUAUACUGAUUUUAAUGUAUGGUUUUUUGUGGCUUACUUUACGGCCUUUGAUUUGGUUUGGCUUUAUGUUCCUACUCCGCGAAAGACUGGUGAAAACCCACACCGCAAGGGCACACGAUCAAGCAUUGUUGAUGAAGCUGUAACACCCUUUUGGUACCUAGCUGUCAUGCCACGCAAAGGAUGCACAAAGGCUGAGGCAUUGACUGGUUGCCCAAGCCUAGACAGGAGCAGCCGAGAUCCAUAG